AUGCCCAUUCGCAUGCUUGUGGUUCUGGCCGUGGUCGCGGUCGUGGCGGUUGGCCUCAUGCUCGCUCCGGUUGGCGCGUCUUCUUCUUUCGUGACGCCGUCGAUCGAGCAAUGCAAGUCGCAGCUGCCGUCACCUUCGACGACGAUUGCGGUCACGUCGUACCCGGCGUUCAAGAACAUGGUCCUCACCAAUGUGAGUCACGACAUGCCGCGAAGCGUUUUUACGACCACUGGUGCUGGACUCUCGCUGUUUGUUCCGCGCGCGAGCGGCUACGCAGGGAUGAUGGUCCUGUAUCCGGGUACGGUCCGCCUCCCCUCGCAAGGCCAUGGCGUGGACAUGGACCGCGACGGGCUGGACGACAUUGUGUUCCAGGCUGAAGGUCUUGGCGUUGCGUGGCUUCGCAAUCUCGGCAACAACGUGUUUGAUGUCACUAAUCCCAUCGUCAUUACUCCGGGCUGGGCCUCGUCAAAUCUGGUCGCCGUUGCCGACCUCGACGCCGACGGCGACGAGGAUCUCAUUUUCAACGCCUACAACGACUACCGAUGGAUGGCCAACGGCGGUGACGGAAGGUCGUGGACCGAAAACAUCAUUCCCAGCCCGCCGCUUCUCUUUAGUCAGAAGAACUUGAUCGUCGCAGACUUUGGAGGCAACGCCACACGCGAGAUCAUUGUGGACAACGGAUCUGGUCGUGCCUACCUGCUCUUCGACGACGGCUCGCUAACCUGGUCCGGCCGCAAGCAAAUUGUCUUCUCGGACAUCGAGAAGACAGGCAUUGUCGUGGCCGACAUGAACGGCGAUGGUCAACUUGACCUUGUUGUGCCGCAUAGCAACAGAGUGUUCUUCGCCCGCAAUCUGGGCUUGUCAUCUUUCUGGCCCUCGUCGAACGUGUACACUAGCGCCGGCUCGAACUAUGUGGCUGUCGGCGAUGUCGACAAUGACGGUGACAACGACGUCAUUCAUGCUGGUCCCUUUAGCAGCCUCGUUCUCUCCCGCAACUCAGGAACCGGCACGUUCUCGAGCUCCUACAUCACCGUCAGCAAUGCUCAGUCAGCGUUCCUAGUCGACCUCGAUGGCUCUGGCGUACUUGACCUGAUCACCGGCUACAGCUUCAACUCUGGCUUUAGGACAUAUCGUGGCUACGGCACCGGCUCGUUUUCCUCUCUCAGUUCGCCGCCUACACUCAACCACAAUGUCAAGACGGCCCAGGCCGUAGCUGAUGUCGACGGUGACGGGCGACUUGAUGUCAUUACCUCGUCGCUCACCGGCACGGUCUGGGCCCGCAACGCUGGCAACUCUGUAUUUGAAGGCAUUCGCAGGAUCACGUCAAGUGGUGCUGACCACGUGGCUGUGACAGACUUUAGUGCCAGUGGCCGGCCUGACAUUGCACUUGCAGUUGGCAAAGAGCUCCGCCUCCACACAAGCAACCCAAGCUCCAUCUCUGGCUUUGAUGCCGGUGUCGUCAUCGUCACUGCUCCCACGGCGAUCACUGCGUUGGCCGUGGCGUACAUCGAUUCUGGCUCCGCACCCGAUGUUGCGUACACCACAUCCUCCACUCUGUACACGCUGACAGCAACAGGCGCGUCAUCAUUUGCGGCACCAACAUCUGUGGACAACUCGCUCUCGGGUGCGACAGCGGUGGUCAGCGCCGAAUUGACAGGCGAUGCUGCGGCAGACCUAGCCGUGGCGACGUCAGGCGAUAGAGCCAUUGGGCUCUACAUCCACGACGGCGUGGCCGGCUUUCGCGCGCGCGUUGUGCUUGUGGCUGGCGUUGCGCCGUUCUCUUCGCUCCUUGCUGCCGACGUUGACGUUGACGGUGACCUCGACCUGGUGUACUCGGCGAAGAGUUUCGCUUUCGUUGGCUGGUUGGCCAACGCUGGGUUAGGUGCCUCGUUUGGCGACGCGACGUCCAUCACGGAGGCCGCUUUUGGGGUCGUCUCGGUGGCAGUCGGUGACAUUUCCGGCGACAGUGUGCCUGACAUGGUCAUCGCCGAUACAGCCGGCACCACACUCGUCCGUGGGGCAGGCGGCGGAAAGUUUGCCACGCCGGACACCGUCACUACGGUGACUGCCUACUUUACCGGCAUUGCCGAUGUGAACAGCGACGGUAAGAAGGACAUUGUUGUGCGUCAACAGAACUCGCUUGUCUGGGUCCGCAACGCGCCGCAACCAGCGCAGUUUUCUGCGCUCGGCUCCGGCAUCGUGAGCACGCCGCGCGCGUCGGGCCGCCCUGAGAUGGUGGUUUUUGACGCUAAUGCAGAUGGGCGUCCCGAUGUCGCGGUUGCCCGCCCAGACCAGCUGCAGUGGCAACUGUUCAUCAAUCGCGGCGACGGUACUGUUAACCGCGUUGCAGCCGUCGACGCUUUCGGCGCCGCGCUGAUUGUUGCCGGAGACUUUGACGGAGACGGCGAUCUCGAUGUAGCACUGGCAAGUGUUGCGCCUAACGGCGCACCCUCUCUCGCAGUCUUCACCAACACCGAUGGCGCCGGCGGCUUUGCAGCAACCUCGCAGACAGCCGUGGCAUCGGCUGCCGAGCUGACUGCCGCGCCUCGCCAGUUGGCAGUCGCCGACAUCGACGGUUCUGGCCACCACGACUUGCUGGCACUCUUUCCAACCUCGGUGACCAUUUAUUCCAUGGCAAGGAACGGAUCUUUCGCGCCGAGGCAUGUCACCUUUGCUCCGCCCGGUCUCCCAGUCGCGAUCACCAGCCUCCGCUCACUCUCUGUCAUUGACGUCGAUGGCGACGGGGUGCUUGAUCUUGGCUUGUUGGCCGACGCUCCGAGGGCCGUGUUCUGGACUGCCGGGCGCGGCGACGGCUCGUUUGCCAGCGGGCAGUUGGUCAACACCUCGGUUGCGGGUGCGAACGACCACUACAUCGACGAUGUGGCGUGGUGCGACUUUAGUGGCGAUGGCACGGCAGACGUGGUUGUCACUGGCCGGCGGGCGGUGCCACCAAUGACCAACAUCCUCAGCAUGCUGCCGUUCAAUGCCGAGACCGGGCGCCACGACAUGACACCGUCGCGACAAUUUUCUGGUAGUUCAACACUCAUGGGUCGAUGCGGGGAUGUCAAUGGCGACGGCAUGGCCGACCUGGCUGUGCGCCAGAGCGGCAUUGAUCUCCACAUGUCGGCGCCAGGCUCGAGUCUUUUGACGUCGACGGCCGUCAAACAUGUGCUCUCGGGACGAGCUGAGCACAUUGUGUUUGAGGACAUGGACUCGGAUAGCUAUAUCGACGUCGUCAGUGUCAGCCCUGGAGUCGUCACCGGUUCGCCAUACCUUAUCGCGUGGUACGGUCAGCGGGCGCGUUCGGGCAUGGCGCAACCAGUCCCGCGCGUUUUGAGCGGUCGCAACGCGACACGCACCAACUCUGCGCGCACCGCCUGUACUGCGCCCAACUCGUUUGCUUGCCUUCGGGCACGCAUGGCGCACCUCUCGCCAUGUACAGUCGACACGCUUGUGCUCGAGGCUGGGACGUAUAGCUGCCGGACAGAGUCACAUGCGAGCUUGUACUCGUCGGCGCGGCUGACGGGCUCGAGUGUGCUGUUCAAUUGCAGUGGGCCCGAUGGCGAGCUUGGCGGUGUGCUCUUUCGGGCGACAACCGAUGCCAACAUUGGGGGGGGUGCAAGCGGAUGGCUUGAGGUGGACGGAGACAUUCGCAUUGCUGGCCUCGGCGUUGCGCGGCGCUCGGAGAUUGGGGCGCCAGGCCUUCGCGUUGAUGCGGCCGGAGCCUACAUGAGCCUGCAUGGCGUUACGGUGGAGGCCGCCAAAUCGGGCCCUCUCACUGGCUCGGUCCUCCACGAUGCUGGCCGCGGCGGAGCUGUGCUCGUUUCUGAUGGUGGCAAGCUGGUUGCAAGCCACGUCGCCUUUCGUGGGUGCUCUGCGAGCGAGCACGGUGGCGCGAUUGCAGUCCGAGGACGCGGCUCAGCAGCGACGGUUACAAACGCCGUCCUGGCGGCCAAUACCGCAGGCAGCGAGGGUGGGGCGGUGUCAGUGACGCUCGGAGGCACAGCGACCAUGUCUGCAAGCACGGUGUCCGGCAACCGUGCCGAGGGUGUUGGCGGCGGCGGGGUGUUUGUGAGCGGAUUGAGCUCGCUGACGGCAAGCAGCGUGGUGUUGUCAGGCAACCAGGCGUCGGUUGGGAUCGGCGGUGCAAUUCUCUCGGUCGAGUGUGCCAAGGUCACGCUCUCGGGUAGCAUCGUGUCCGACAACGCUGCGCUGUCUGGCGGUGGCGUCGGGGCGGUGGCGGUGCUUGAGGAUGCCCAGACGGCUGCAGCGGCAGGCUCUGUGUUGGAGAUGCCAGCUGUGAGCGUGCCCCUUGAGAUCGGCGGCGGAAGCAGCGCUUGCGUGCAGCUCGACGGAGUUGCACUCAUCAACAACGCGGCGUCGUCAUACGGUGGUGGGUUGCUGGCGUGUGGCGCAUGGGUGAGUGUGACGGAGAGCGCAACGACGCAAUGGAGCGGAAACACGGCCGGGCGGACGUGGCGUCUGUGGCAACAGCGGCAGACGCAUUUCUUUGUGCCUCGCGCCAAGUAG